AGCCCGAGUUAAUGUCACACGCGACUCACAAAGAGGAGUGUGGCGGCGAACUCUUGGUUUAGGGCUUUACUCUCUCUCUCUCGGAAUAUCUGUUGAGGCUAUUUUACCAUUGCAAUCCCCCACGAUUUCAUCACGCCGCAAACUUCAUCACUUGUAUCUCUGAGAAAAGGUUUUGAUCCAGGGGUUGAGUUACCAUUAGUGUAUAAUGGAGACGGUGGUGGUUGAGCCGGAGAGUCACCGAGGGAGAAAACGGAAGGUAAAUAACGUGCAAACUGCGGCGCAAGGCAUCGGUAGCAGAAAGAAGGUGAUGCAUACUAGGUCAUUCGAAUUGGUUGGAAGAUAUGUGCUGAAUGAGUUCAAGGGGAGUGGGGUUCUUCUAGGAAGGAUUAUGGAUUAUGAUUCAGGUUUGUACAGGAUAAACUACGAGGGUGAUCUUUGUGAGGAUUUGAACAGCAGAAAAGUCAAAUCACUUCUGGUGGAAGAAGGCGAUUUAACUGAUGAAUGGCCUAAGAGAAAGGAAAUGCUGAACCAACUUUUGUCAAGUAAAGAUGUGAACUCGAACACAGCAACUGCUACCUAUGCACGAGAGCUGGAAAAAGCAAAUCCCAUUGAUUCAUCAUCAUUGAGUGGAAUGACCAAUUCUUGUAGUGCUGAUGACGGGAUUGUCAAUGUUCAGAGUGAUGAGGUUGGUGCUGAUUCUUCGAGUGGUUCAUGUGGGGGUGCUCUAGGGGAGGAGACUAAACGGCCACUUUUUCUACCACCAGAUCUGCCUCCUUCGUCUGGUCAUAUUGGCGUUCCGGAAGAGUGCGUCUCAUGUCUUCUUUCUGUCUAUAGUUUCUUGCGUUCAUUCAGUGUGCGGCUGUUUCUGUACCCUUUUGCAUUGGAUGAUUUUGUGGGGGCACUCAAUUGCUCUGUUGCAAACACUUUGUUGGACUCAGUUCAUGUUGCUCUUAUGUGUUUCCUAAAGCGCCAACUUGAGAAGAUCCACGCAGAUGGUUCUGGGUUUGCAUCAAAAGUUCUAAGGUCCCUGGAUUGGAGCUUGCUUGAUACAUUAACUUGGCCAAUUUACUUGGUCAAUUAUCUGAUUGCAAUGGGCCAUAAAAAUGGAGAUGACUGGAAAGAGUUAUAUGCACAUUGCCUGGAGAGAGAUUAUUAUACUUUAUCUGCCGGUAAGAAGUUGAUCACUUUGCAGAUUUUAUGCGAUGAUGUUCUGGAUACUGAAGAGCUCAGAGCGGAAAUGGACAUGCGUGAGGUAUCAGAAAUUGGAAAGGAAAUAGAUACAAGCACAGUGUUGGGCGCAUGUGAACCUGCAAGAAUUCUUUCUGGAGACUCCAAAACUUCCAACUGCAUGGACAUAGAAGCUGCACAAAGAGUUGAAAACCAUCAGACAAAAAAAUCUCAUGACAAUCUCCAUACAGAGUCUCUAGUUGGUGGAGCAGUUGAGGACGGUAAUGGUGAUGAAUGCCGCCUUUGUGGUAUGGAUGGAGUAUUAGUUUGUUGCGAUGGGUGCCCAAUGGCUUACCAUUCAAGAUGCUUAGGAUUGAACAAGAUGCCUGUUUCCAAUGUAUCAUGGUACUGUCCUGAGUGUAAAGUCAGUGAAAAGGACCCCAAAAUUCUGAGGAGGACAACAUUGAGGGGAGGGGAAGUUUUUGGUGUUGAUCCAACCGGACUAGUCUUUGUCGCUUCUUGUGACCAUUUACUUGUAAUGAAGACCUCAGUUGAUUCUGGAACUAGUCCAAGAUACUAUAUUAGACACCAUAUUCCUGGAGUCCUUAAUGUUCUUAAUGCGAAUCCAGAUUUUGCUACUGCCUAUUCAGAAAUAUGCCAAGGGAUAAUGCAAUAUUGGGAUUUAUCUGCAGAUACCAUACCAUCAUCCAACAGGAAAUCUGGAAUUGGUUUAGAAUUACAGAAUGAGGGAAGUGGCCCAUGCAUUGCACAAUUAGUUGAUAUGCUGGACAAAGUCCCUGAAACGACUGAGGUUCAAAAUCAUGCAACUUGUGUCACUGGUAAUUCUGCUGAAAUGGCUGGUUCUUGUCUUAGAAACUGUGUUCAACAACCUGUUUCAAGUGAGAGUUCUUUUGAUAAUGUGACUAAAUCCGGCUGUCAUGCAGGUCCUGUAAGACAACAGUGUGAAAUCUUGAAAACAAUGGUGGACGAACCUGCUUCGUCUAGUAGUUUAAUUGGUAGGCCUGCCAGUCCUCAUGAAUCAAGCCAACAAAGCAACUCUAAUACGACAGAGGCUGUUUCCACAAGAAGUAGCAAUAUUAGUGCUCUAAGUGAUGCUCCCUCAGAAGCCAACCGAUCGCUUGUUAGCCAGAAACUUGAUAAUAAAAUAGGAUCUACUUGUGGUAGUCCAGCCCGUUGGUGCUUAUACAAGGGCUCUUCCUUCAAAAAAACUGGUUACAUAAAUCACUAUUUGCAUGGAGAUUUCUCUGCAUCUGCAGCUGCUAACUUGGCCAUUCUUUCACAUGAAGAAAGUCAAGUUUCAGAGUCUCAACAAGCUGUUAGCAUCAGCUAUGCAGAUCAGGUAAAGGCUUUCUCUAUAGCAGCUAUGGGAUUUUCCUGGCCCAAUGUGGACAACAAACUUGCAGAAGUCCCUCGGGAAAGAUGUAGCUGGUGCUUUUCUUGUAAGGCUUCUGUAACAAGCAAGAGAGAGUGCUUGCUGAAUGCAGCUGCUUCAAAUGCCACCAGAGGGGUGAUGAAGGUACUUGCUGGCGUUCGGCCUGUAAAGAAUGGUCGGGACGAGAGACUUGCUGGCAUCGCAGCAUAUAUUAUGUUUAUGGAGGAGAGCUUAAGUGGACUACUUGUCGGUCCCUUCCUUAAUGACACUUUCAGGAAACAAUGGCGCAGACAACUUGAACAGGCCGCCAAUUGUUCCGAAAUGAAGAUCCUUUUGCUUGAACUUGAGGAGAAUAUGCGCUCCAUUGCCUUUUCUGGAGAUUGGAUGAAACUUGUCGAUUGUUUUUCUACUCAAUCCUCCACUUCUGAGAUUGCAACUGGAUCAACUCAGAAAUGUAGGCCAGGCAGGCGGGGCAAGAAACGACCUGAUAUGGUUGAAGCUGUAGCGGACGGUUUCAUGAAUAAACCAACUAAGUUCACCUGGUGGCGAGGAGGUAUAAUGUCGAAGCUUAUGUUCCAAAGAGGGGUUCUUCCAAGCUCAUUUAUCAAAAAGCCAGCCCGUCAAGGUGGUAAAAAGAAGAUACCCGGUGUACGAUAUGUUGAAGGAAAUGAAAUCCCCAGAAUUAGCAGGCAGCUCUUCUGGCGUUCCGCAGUAGAAAUAAGUAGGAGUGUGGCACAUCUUGCACUUCAGGUGAGAUACUUUAAUCUAUAUGUGAGAUGGGGUGAUCUUGGUCGUCCAGAGCAAAUGCCUGGUGAUGGAAAAGGCUCAGAGGCAGAAUCAUCCGCUUUUAGAAAUGCUGUUAUCCAUGCUAAGAAGAUAGUGGGACAUGAAGUUAGGUACUGUGUUGGAUUUGGUUGUAGGAAACACCUGCCGGUGCGUGUUAUGAAAAAUAUAGUGCAAACAGAGAAAAUCCUGGAAAGUGGGAAGGAAAGAUACUGGUUCUCUGAGACCUUCAUCCCCUUGUAUUUAAUUAGAGAAUAUGAACGAAAAGCAGAGAAAGCCAAGUCUGUGAAUGUGCUGUCCAAACUGCAGAAAAGACAGUUGAAGGUUUCCCGUGAAAAUAUAUUCUCUGCUCUCUUAUUGGAGAUGGGUAACACAGGGAAGAAUUGUUGUUCGUGUCAUCAAGAUGUCUCCUAUAGGAGUGCUGUGAAGUGCCAUGCAUGUCAAGGAUUAUGUCAUCAGCAAUGUGCCACCACUCGGACAGUAAAUAAAAGUGAGGAUACUGACUUUGUAGUUAUCUGCAAGCAAUGCUGUGAAACUCAGGCGGCUACUCCAGCUGAUAGUAGCUGUGGAUCUGCCACAAGUCCUUUGCUCCCUCAAGUACCAGACGUCUCUAAGCCAGCUAUUCCUAAGGAUGUAAACUCAGUCUGCGAUAAAGAAUCAUUGAUAAAUAAUCCUACAGUUACAACGACAAAUGCUAUUCCUAAGGUUGUAAACUCAGUAUCCCAUAAAGGAUCAUUGAUAAAUCGUCCUGCAGUAACAAAGACAAAGACAAAUGCAAGAUCAAAUUGGGGUCUCAUAUGGAGGAAGAAGUUUUCUGAAGAUACUGGCUUCGACUUCAGAUCAAGAAACAUUCUUCUGAGUGGUAACACAGAUAGGGAACUGAUGAAACCUGUUUGCCGUCUUUGUGAUCAGCCAUAUGCUGGUGAUGCAAUGUAUAUUUGCUGUGAAUCAUGCAAAAAUUGGUUACACGCUGAUGCUUUAGAGCUUGACGAGUCAAAGAUUUUUUCUGUUGUGGGAUAUAAGUGCUGCAAAUGCCGAAGGAUCAAAUCUCCUGUGUGUCCUUACUCAAAUCUACCAAAAAAGACUGUAUUGAAGGGGAAAAUAGAGAACCAACAAGGUUCCAAGCUGAAGAUUCCUGCAAUGGCCUUUAACCGUGAUAUGAUCCUAGCGCAUCUUGAAGAUGUUCCAACAGCUUCCAAAUUACUCCAAAAGCCAAAAGCCAUCAUUGCACCAGCACUAGCAACAAAUAAUCCUCUUCUCGCUUCUCUUGAUAAAGUCAAGCAAUGCACUGAGGGGGAGUCAGAACUGAAUAGUGGAUGGAAAAAUGCAAAUGCAUCUGAUCCUGAGCCUAGAAAGUUGUCAGUCAGGAGACAUGAUAAUCGAGAAAUGGAUGUCCAAUGUCAGGAAGGUGCCUGCCCGUUUGAAGCAUCUUUGCCUUUAGAAGAAAAUGGUGUUAAUUCCACACUGGAGAUGCUCAUAAGGAGAAGUACAAGACAAGAGACCAAAUUAGCAACCAAAUCUUUCAGGGAUGAAGAAGUAACAAAAUCUACAGAGGCAAAUCCUUUAACCCCAGUGCAGGAUUCGUUAUCCCUGCAGCAGUUUGCUUCUCAAGAUUUCUUUGAUCUUGAAACCAAUGUUGGUGGCCAUGUGAAUAGCAAGGAGCCCUCUACAGUUCCCAAAAAUGGAAUAACUGAAGCAUUCCAUGACCAGGAAAAGCUAUUUGCGUCUGCAGAAACAUCUAAACAGAUGGUGCCUUGUAAGCUGUGUUCAAGAAACGAACCACAUAUAGAUCUUUCUUGCGAGAUUUGUGGUAUAAAUAUUCAUAAAACUUGCUCACCCUGGUAUGAAUCAUCCUCCGAUGAGGAUGACUGGAGGUGUGGCAGUUGUCGUGACUGGAGCUAGCAGCAGUUUGGAUGAUGAAACCGUAUUCUUGAUCAAUGUUGCCAAUUUAUUGGGAGAAAAUGACAAUGGAGACUGCACUACGCCACUGAUUUUUCUUCAAAAUUGAUGGAUAAAGCAGGGUUUUUAACCUUUUACAGGUAACUAAUGCAAUUGUACAUUGUAGUUGCCCAUUUUUGUCAUCAAAUAUACACAUACAACCAUCUCUUGAUUUAGAUUGAUAAUUGAGAAGGCCUCGUCGGCUGCAUUUUUGCGUCUUCUUUAUUGUUUUCACUAUACUUGUAAUCUAACAUUUGGAAUGUUAUAUUCAGUACUAUGCAAAUCUUGAAAAUUUUUCUUUAACUCUUGUAUUUCAAGUUUGUGCUAUUUUCAGUUUA